AUGUCAAGGAAGUUAAAAAAGACCAAUCUGUUCAACAAGGAUGUAAGCUCCUUGCUUUAUGCUUACGGUGAUGUGCCACAACCGCUACAAGCCACUGUGCAGUGUUUAGAUGAACUGGUAUCUGGGUAUUUAGUGGAUGUUUGUAGUAAUGCGUUUCAUGCAGCCCAAAAUUCACAGAGGAAUAAGCUUCGAUUGGAGGAUUUCAAGUUUGCUCUUCGAAACGACCCGGUGAAGCUUGGUAGAGCAGAAGAACUGAUAGCUACUAAUAAGUUGAUCACAGAAGCUAAGAAGCAGUUCAAUGAAACAGACAAUCAGAAUUCGUUGAAAAGGUACAGAGCGGAUGAUGAAGAAGGUGACGAAGUGGAGGAGGACGAAGAUGAGCAACAGGUGACGGACGAUGAUGAGGAAACAGCCGGACGUAAUAGUGCUAAGCAGUCCAUGGACUCGAAGGCAGCAAAGACUAGGAAGCAGAGUUCCAAAAACUCCAAGAAAACAAAAAAAUAA